CAAAAAGCGGAACAGCUGUUUGGCAAUAUAUAAACAUUUAGUUUUUUUUUUUGUUUGCAACAAUUAUACAAUGCGUUUGGGUGGCGUGCUGCGUUGCCGCAGCGUUACAAAGUUACAACAAUAUGUGCCACAACACAAACCGGCUCUAGAGAAUGAUAUAAAGCGUCUCGAAGACUUUCUGCUGUCCAAACCAAAUAUUUUGGUUCUCACAGGCGCGGGCAUAUCCACAGAAUCAGGCAUACCCGACUAUCGUUCAGAGGGCGUUGGUCUCUAUGCGCGUACCAAUCACAAACCCAUACAGCAUAUUGAUUUCGUUAAAUCGAAUAAUGUACGCAAACGUUAUUGGGCUCGCAACUUUGUUGGCUGGCCAAAUUUCUCCAGCACCCAACCAAAUGCCACACAUCAUGCGCUGGCACGCUUUGAACGUGAGACACGCAUCCAAACCGUGGUCACACAGAACGUGGAUCGUUUGCAUACGAAAGCGGGCAGCAAACAAGUGACGGAAUUGCAUGGCAGCGGUUACGUGGUCAAGUGUUUGAAAUGCGAUUAUCGGAUCGAUCGCCAUGAGUUCCAGAGCAUACUCACUUCAUUGAAUCCGGCGUUUAAAGAUGCCCCUGACAUGAUACGACCCGAUGGUGAUGUGGAAAUACCCGCCGAUUAUAUUGAGAACUUUAUCAUACCCAGUUGUCCGAGUUGUGGUGGCGAUCUAAAGCCUGAAAUUGUCUUCUUUGGCGACAGUGUGCCGCGUCAGCGUCUGGACGACAUUGCUGGCAUGGUUUAUAAUAGCGACGGGUUGCUGGUGCUGGGCUCCAGUCUGCUUGUCUUCUCAGGUUAUCGCAUUGUUCUGCAGACAAAGGAUCUGAAGUUGCCGGUGGCGAUUGUCAACAUUGGCGAAACGCGUGCGGAUCAUUUGGCGGACAUUAAGAUCUCAGCCAAGUGCGGCGAUGUGAUACCCAAGCUCUUUGACUACAGAAAUAAAAAUUAGCUAAGGACGAUUGCUUGCUUAUAAUACUUGCUAUCCAUAGUGCCCGUCUGUCCAUAUAUCCGUCUGUUUUCUCUCCGUUAUAUUCUGUCAAUUUAACUAGGAACUUAUUUAUAAAAAGGGCAUUGGGUAGCGAGUUUUUGACAUUCGAGCACCCUCGAUUGAACCUUCUCACUUGUUGUAUAUAGUUGCUCCAUGAGUUUUAGUUUGUUGUCAAAUACAAUGUUGUUGAAAAUGUAUUCUCCUAAUUUUAAUUUUCUUGAAGAAGCAAACUAUUGAUAUUAUUUGUUCAAUAGUGCUCAUCCUUGAGCUGAAGUUGUUCUAGAGCUUUCUGAAGGCAUCC